ACACUCUGCUGUUGAUUGGCUUUUGGCUUGCUAUCAAAGAAAACUACUCUCUCUGUCUAGCUGCGCCCGCGAGAGGAAAUCUAGAACCGACUUUCGGUAUGGAGAGGCUUCAGAGGAUGUUCGCCGGCGCAGGAGGUGGUUUGGGCCACCCUCCGGUUGAUUCUCCGACGCUUGAUUCGUCGGAGCAGCUUUAUAUUUCUUCCCUCGCUCUCCUGAAGAUGCUAAAGCACGGGCGAGCUGGAGUUCCCAUGGAGGUGAUGGGACUGAUGCUGGGGGAGUUUGUGGAUGAAUAUACGGUUCGAGUUGUUGAUGUGUUUGCUAUGCCACAGAGUGGUACUGGUGUUAGCGUUGAAGCUGUUGAUCCUGUUUUCCAGACGAAUAUGCUCGAUAUGCUCAAACAGACUGGAAGGCCAGAGAUGGUGGUUGGUUGGUACCACUCGCAUCCAGGGUUUGGCUGUUGGCUCUCAGGUGUCGAUAUUAAUACACAACAGAGCUUUGAAGCUCUAAAUCAACGGGCAGUUGCAGUAGUGGUUGAUCCCAUUCAGAGUGUGAAAGGGAAAGUGGUCAUUGAUGCUUUCCGUUUGAUCAAUCCUCAAACCAUGAUGCUUGGCCAAGAACCUCGGCAGACAACUUCCAAUGUUGGGCAUCUGAACAAACCAUCAAUCCAAGCACUGAUCCACGGAUUGAACAGACACUACUAUUCUAUUGCCAUCAAUUACCGUAAGAACGAACUCGAGGAAAAAAUGCUUCUCAACUUGCACAAGAAAAAGUGGACAGAUGGAUUGACGCUGAGGAGGUUCGAGAAUCAUUCGAACACCAAUGGGCAGACUAUUAAGGAGAUGGUGAACUUGGCGAUCAAGUACAACAAAGCAGUGCAAGAAGAAGACGAGUUGCCGCCUGAGAAGCUGGCGAUCGCAAACGUGGGGAGGCAAGACGCUAAGAAGCACCUUGAAGAAGAUGUCUCGAAUCUCAUGUCCGCCAACAUUGUUCAGAUAUUGGGUACCAUGCUCGACACUGUCAUCUUCUAGAUUGCGUUCCCUAAAACAUUUGUCCUCCUCUCUUUGUGUACGUAAGACACAUAUGGGGUUUGAACUGUAACUGUGUAAGAAUCGUUGGGGUAAUAUGUUGUUUUAUUCUCUUGGAUCUGCCAUAUGUCUCAUUUUAUUGUUUUUGCUAUGUGGUUUAAUAUCCUUUGCCAGUGAACUUGUUUAAUCAAACCAAAGGUUGUCA